AUGAGCAACGCAUUGGCUGGUGUCCCUUCUUUGCUGCUGGACCUGGUGGAGUGUUCAAAGAAGACCGGAUCAGACAAGAUCAGACCAGACCAGAUCGGCCAUUUGAGUGUGUCGCUGAGCCCAAUGGGACGGAAUAGGUGGAAACUAUCAUCUGAGCAUGGGCUAGGACAUAGUCCGAGUUUGUUCGCAACGGCCGCAGGGGGGAAGCAGGCAAGCGGCGCGCAGAGUCGCAGCUCGCAGAGAGAGGAGCUUAGAUUACGAGGAAGGUCAAGAGGUCGCGGCAACCGCCGCGGUAGCCCCGUGCCGUCGAUGCAUGUGGCCGCUCGCUUGAGAUGGACCAACCCAGAGGCAUGGAGACGAAGUGUAUACGGAUACGGAGUACUUGAUGAAAUAACUGUUACUCAUCACCGGCGCAUGGCAUCGGUCGGUGUGUGGAGAAGAGGCGGAGGUCUCAGGCCUGUCGGUUCGGUUCUGUUCUAUCAAUUCGGUCAGCCAGGUGUCUCCCGCCGUUCCCAAUACGAUACGAGAUACCGCGCAAACAAAGCAGGGGAGGAGAGACAAGACGAGACGAGACACAUGUACAUGGGCGUCUCAUUCUCUCGUGCAACCUAA